ACGAGCAUCGAUGCCUGGUGGACAUCCUGCCUACUCGGCAGGAGCAGAGCAAGCCGGAGAGACAGAUCUGUAGACGAGCUUCGCAAGGGAGGGAAAGAUGUCGUUCGGGGGGCUCGCAGGGCUAAAGGAGAAGGUGCUGAACCCGGGAAAAGACAAGGUGAAGAACACGGUCAGCGACUCUCUGGGGAACCUGCAGAAGAAGGUGGAUGGCACCAACGUGAACGAAGAUCGGAUCGAGCUGAUGGAGGAUGGGCGGCCGGUGUCAUUCCGCCAGGUUGAUCCACCUCUGCUGGACUGUGCCUGCUUCGGCCUGCCCAAGCGCUACAUUACCGCUAUCCUCUCUGGCCUGGGCUUCUGCAUCUCCUUCGGCAUCCGCUGCAACUUGGGCGUGGCCAUCGUGGAGAUGGUCAACAACAACACCGUGUACAUCAACGGCACCGCUGUCCAUCAGCCUGCGGAGUUUAACUGGGACCCUGAGACAGUCGGGCUGAUCCACGGCUCCUUUUUCUGGGGUUACAUUAUCACUCAAAUCCCUGGUGGCUUCAUCUCCAACAAGCUAGCAGCUAACAGGGUGUUUGGGGCAGCGAUAGUGCUGACGUCCUUGUUUAAUAUGUUCAUCCCGUCAGCCGCCAGAGUCCACUACCGCUGCGUCAUGUUUGUGCGAGUCUUACAGGGUCUGGUGGAGGGUGUUACGUAUCCAGCCUGCCACGGAAUGUGGAGCAAAUGGGCGCCUCCACUGGAGAGAAGUCGCCUUGCCACGACAUCUUUCUGUGGGUCCUAUGCAGGUGCAGUGAUUGCCAUGCCGUUGGCUGGAGUACUCGUGCAGUAUGUGGGCUGGUACUCUGUCUUCUACGUAUAUGGAGUCUUUGGAAUUAUAUGGUAUUCUUUCUGGCUCCUACUGACCUACGAGAGCCCAGCAGUGCACCCUACAAUCAGUGAUGAAGAGAGAAUAUACAUCGAGACCACGAUCGGGGAAGGGGUCAACUUAAUGAGUGCUACCGAGAAAUUCAAGACUCCAUGGCGACGUUUCUUUACUUCCAUGCCUGUGUAUGCCAUCAUUGUGGCUAACUUCUGCCGGAGCUGGACCUUCUACCUGCUGCUCAUCAGCCAGCCCGCCUACUUCGAGGAGGUCUUCGGUUUCCCCAUCAGCAAGGUGGGCAUCCUGUCAGCUGUGCCCCACAUGGUGAUGACCAUUGUGGUGCCGAUUGGUGGACAGCUGGCCGACUUCUUGCGGAGCCACAAUAUCCUCUCCACCACCACCGUGCGCAAGAUCAUGAACUGUGGAGGUUUUGGGAUGGAGGCCACAUUACUGCUGGUGGUGGGAUUCUCGCACACACGGGGGGUAGCUAUCUCUUUUCUGAUCCUGGCCGUGGGCUUCAGUGGUUUCGCAAUAUCAGGGUUCAACGUGAAUCACCUAGACAUUGCUCCACGCUACGCCAGCAUUCUGAUGGGCAUCUCCAACGGCGUGGGCACCCUGUCUGGCAUGGUGUGCCCACUCAUUGUGGGAGCACUAACUAAACACAAAACCCGUCGUGAGUGGCAGAACGUCUUCGUGAUUGCCUCCAUGGUCCAUUACUGUGGCGUGAUCUUCUACGGCAUCUUCGCCUCGGGCGAGAAGCAAGACUGGGCGGACCCCGAGAACACCAGCGAUGAUAAGUGUGGCAUCCUGAGUGAGGACGAGCUGGCCGGGGAGGAAGAGGAGCCGAGCUGCGACAGCGCCCUCGCCAACAGCCGGAUGAAAACGUACGGGACCACGGCGGACAGCUCCGCGCGCAGGAAGGGCUGGCAGAGUAAAAAGGGCAUGACAAUGCAAGAGGAGCAUUGUGAAAAUGGAGACUAUCAGGAGCACUACCAGUGAAGCCUGACCUCAUCUCCCUCACCCCUUAAAAUAUCUUCUUCAACACCCAUGCGUCAUUACCCAUGUGACUGUGCAAUAUAUUCAUAUAUUUUUUGUGAGUACCCCCCAAUAAGUCUAUUUUGUCUUAAUUCUGACUUAUACUGGCUGUCCAUUUCACUUUCAUGUUUCUACAGUAUAGACACUCUGGGCAAAACAGGGGGAGAGACUAAAAAUAAUUACAACAAUUACGUUUUUAAAAAAUGAAAAUAUUGUCAACAAAUCAUAAAUGACUUCACAAGUAACAGUCACAGUUUCUUCACAGUGUUCACAUUAAAAAUCCAGUGGAAUUGGAAAGUUAUGUAUCAAUACGUGUUUUAUUUUUUAUCUUUUUUUUGCCAGUUGUAAACUCUGCAAUAAAAGGCAAACACUAAA